AUUCACCAGAUUCUUUCAUUACAGUGUCACCAGAUUUUAGAGAAGUUAGGAGUCUUACUCUUAAGUCUUGACCGAUGGAUACAAGCUCAACCCAAGAUGGUGAUCUGACAGAACCCAUCUUAAUCGUUCCGCCGCCGGAGGGGGAAGAGACGAGCCCUGAGCUGGAGGAGACACUAUCGGACACAAGUUUAACCACCUUCCAGCGAUACAAGAAGGCGACGUCGUUGGAACUUUAUAGCUUGACCAAGCUAGCAGCUCCGGCGAUCAUAAUGUACUUGCUUAACAACGUGACGUCGAUGUCCACCCAAAUCUUUUGCGGCCACCUUGGUAACCUUCAACUAGCGGCGGCGUCCCUCGGCAACAAUGGCGUCCAGCUCUUUGUCUUCGGUGUCAUGCUUGGAAUGGGGAGCGCAGUGGAGACACUCUGCGGACAAGCAUUUGGAGCCGGCGAAUACCCGAUGCUUGGGAUUUACCUUCAAAGAUCCACCAUCCUUUUAGUUCUCACAGGCAUUCCUCUUACGUUCAUCUACAUUUUCUCCAAACCACUCCUCAUCUUAAUCGGCCAAUCCAAACAAAUCGCCGGCGCAGCCUCCAUCUUCAUCAUGGGACUCAUCCCUCAAAUCUUCGCCUACGCCUGCAACUUCCCAAUCCAAAAAUUCCUUCAAGCACAAAGCAUCGUCAACCCUAGCGCCUACAUCGCCGCCGUCAUGCUGGUUGUUCACGUUCUCUUCACCUAUGUCGCAUUGUACAUAUGGGGUUGGGGGUUACUCGGCGCCUCCCUGAUCUUGAGUUUUACGUGGUGGGUGAUUGUGGUGGCGCAGUUUGUGUAUAUUGUGACGAGUCAGCGGACUAAAGAGACGUGGACUGGGUUCAGUGCGCAGGCUUUCUCCGGACUUUGGCCGUUUUUUAAGUUGUCAGCAGCUUCGGCGGUGAUGUUGUGUCUGGAAGCGUGGUAUUAUCAGAUACUGGUUUUGAUCGCUGGUUUGCUUCCUAAUCCGGAAAUAGCGUUGGAUUCGUUGGCUGUGUGUCAAACUAUACUGAGUUGGGUUUUGAUGAUUUCAAUCGGGUUUAAUGCCGCUGCAAGUGUGAGAGUUAGCAACGAGUUAGGUGGAGGACAUCCUAAAUCAGCAAAAUUUUCUGUUAUGGUGGUGACCCUCGUCUCAUUUAUUAUCGCUGUGAUAUUCGCUAUCAUUGUCUUAGCUUUACGUGACGUCAUAAGUUAUGCUUUUACCGAUGGAGAAACUGUCGCAAAUGCUGUUUCUGAUCUUACCCCUCUUCUUGCACUUUCUAUCCUUCUCAACGGCAUUCAACCCGUCCUUUCAGGUGUUGCUGUUGGAUGUGGAUGGCAAGCAUUUGUUGCAUAUGUGAAUGUUGGAUGCUAUUAUGUGGUUGGAGUUCCAUUUGGUUGUUUGUUGGCCUUCUAUUUUGAGUUGGGUGCUAAGGGAAUAUGGUCGGGUAUGAUUGCGGGUAUGACGAUGCAAACACUUAUUUUACUAUGGGUUACUUUUCGAACAGAUUGGAACAAAGAGGUGGAGCAAUCAAGAAACCGACUGAACAAAUGCCAACAUAAGAAAAAGGAAGAUUUGCUAAGUAAUUAAGAGCUAUUUUUAGUUCUUGUAUUUUUAUUAUUGUUGAAUUUUAAUACUCUUCUUAUAGCAACACGAUGUAUGGCACUUGUGUGCAACUCAUAGGAAGUGUUUUCAUUAUGAGUUUACCUUUUUAUUUAGAAGUUAAUAUUGCGGGUUAUGUUGAAUUGUGUGUACACCAAUGAUUUGGUAAAAUGCCUCCUAUGAAUAUGAUGAGAUUGAUUUGUUGCGA